UGGAGAAGUUUCCGGAAGAUCAAAAGUGGCUGGUGGCACCGAUGCAGCUUCUGAACGAGCGGCAAAGCGAGCACGGUUUGCAUGUAUUCGUCGACGCCUCGAACAUUAUGAUUGGACUCAAGGAUAUGCUGCGCUCGCAUGGGCUUCACCAUAACGCGUAUGACAUAUCGUUUGAUAGCCUUGCGCUGCUGAUGGAGCGGCGCCGACCUGUAGCCAAGCGAUUUUUUGCGGGCUCACACCGCGAAGCCAAUCCACUUCCUCAGAUUGAGAAGCUUGUGGAGACUUCGAAGGCGGUUGGGUACGACAGCGUGAUGCAAGAGCAAGUGCUGAUUGUACGGGAAGAGUCUGAGAAGAAGAAAUUCUUCAACGAUGUCAAGAAGAUGGGGUGGCACAAGGCGACGCAGAUGCGGUCUGGCAGCGGCAGCGACUCUGAAACGAGCGCGCCGGCUCCCAAGACGGCUGCGGCGCCGAAAUGGGUUGAGCAGGGAGUAGACGAGAUUCUUCACCUGAAGAUGUGCCAGAGCAUUAUUGAUUGCGAAUGGCCGAGCACAAUGGUGCUAGCGACGGGGGACGGGGCAGUUGCAGAGAUGUCGGACGGGUUCCUAGCUCACGUGGAGCGAGCGUUGAAGCGGGGGUGGAGGGUGGAGUUGAUCAGCUGGGGGCAGCAGAUCAACAGUGGCUAUAGGAAACGCCAGUUCCGAGCCAAGUGGGGGGAGCAGUUUACGAUUAUUGAGCUGGAUGAGUUUUUGGAGGAUUUGAUUGAUACGCGGUAGGGGAUAGAUGAUGUGUUUGUAGUGCAUGAUGUCUUUCAGCCUUGUGGUGUUUUGACAUUGUUUGGCACGGUUUUGUUUGAUAUUGUUUUAUCUGUUUGGUGUAGUAGCAC